AUGGCUGCGUACCUGAAGAAGGUUAGGGAAGCCCUGGGAAAGUUCACCACCUAUGACAUACAACAGGUACCGAGGGCAAAGAAUAGCAACGCCGAUGCACUCGCCAGGCUGGCGCCGUCGAGAGACACCGAUCUUUUGAACCUAGUACCUUUAGAGGUCCUGAAAACCCCGUCCACAGAGAAGCGGCCCGAAGUCGCACCAGUGGACCUCCAACCUAGCUGGAUGGAUCCAAUCAUCAGGUACAUGGUCAGCGGCGAGCUUCCUGAGGACAGGCGGCAGGCCCAAAAGAUGAAGUACCAUGCAGUAAGAUACACGAUGCACGAUAACCUCCUCUACCGCAGAUGGUAUUUGACGCCCUUACUCAGGUGCCUCAGCGCAGAAGAGGCAAAGAUAGUGUUUUCGGAGGUGCACGAUGGGGUUUGCGGGAAUCACGCGGGAGGGCAGUCCCUAGCCUACAAAAUAUUACGGCAAGGGUAUUGCUGGCCCAGUCUCAAAAAAGAUGCGGCCGAGUACGCGAAAAGGUGUGAAAGCUGCCAGAGGUUCGGUGUCCCGCACUCCCUCGUGUCCGACAACGGGAAGCAGUUCAACAACGACAACACCAGCCAGUUUUGCAAGUCGCUGGGGAUCCACAAUAAUUUUUCCUCUGUCGUGUACCCCCAGUCUAACGGGCAGGUCAAGGCUGUCAACAAGAUAAUCACAGUCACGCUCAAACGACGCCUCGAUGCCUACAAAGGGAAGUGGGCCGACGAGUUGCCAAAAGUGCUGUGGGCCUACCGAACGACUAGUAGAACUACCACGGGAGAAACCCCAUUCUCAAUGGCCUAUAGGUUCGAAGUAGUCCUACCAAUAGAGGUGUCCAUCCCGACCGACCGGGUAACCUGGUACGAGGAGGAUAGGAACGCCAAACUGGUGAACUUGGAGCUCGACCUCUUAGAAGAAUGA